CAUUUGCUAACGUGAACGGUUCUUUCCUUUCUCUUCCUUCCUUCUUUCCUUAAUUAGCCCCCACAAGCUGUCAUUUCAUUUCCCUCCAAUCCCUACUUCCAUUUUCGAACCUCAUCUUGUUCUUCUCGACCUCUCACCGUGUUCUAGAAGCUUCUUCUCUGUACGCAACCGAGGUCUUUUUGAUGGAGAUGAAUCAUGGACUUGUUUCUUUUUACUGAUCAGCGAUAGGUCCGAUCAGGCAUAGAUCUACAGUGGUGGUGUAGAGCGCGGAUGUGGUCCAGGGUUCAGUCAUGGCGUUCUCGGCCGCUACUCGCUCUGGUUUCCAUACCACCUUUUGUCACUGCGACCCCAGGUUGUGCUCUCUGAGGUUGAAUUGGAAGCAUGAUAAGCUGGCAUUUCUGAAAAACUUGAAAAGACGAGGCCCAUCUUUAAAGUUCAUAAGAUCAGUCUUAGACAACAGGAAUUCAAGCAUCAGUGACAAUGGAGCAACUGAACCGGCAAGGAUUCUUCUUGAGAGAUUGUUUGCACAGACACAGAAACUGGAAGAACAGAUGAGCAGAGAUUCUCGCAUUCCUCAGGAUGAUCAUCUUGGGUUUAAUCUUGAAAUCUUGGAGUCUGAUCUUGAGGCUGCAUUGGCAGCAUUAAAGAAGAAGGAAGAUGAAUUACAGGAUGCAGAGAGGACAGUCUUUCUGGAAAAUAGUGAGUUGAACCGUGCAAAGGAAGAGCUGCAGCAGCGGCAGAAAGAAGUUGAUAGUGCUCGUUGUAAAUAUGAAAAAAUAGAGGAGGAGCUGAAGCAGGCCAAUCUUAACUUAGCUUCUCAAGCCAGACAAAUAGAAGAUCUAAAGCUUCGGAUCAAGGAGAGUGACCAGGAGAUUGGCACUGUACAGUCUUUGCUGUCUCUGAAAGAAGAGGAAAUGGAUAAAAUGAGAAACGAAUUGCUGAAGAAGAGUGAAGAAGUGGUGAAAGUUGAUGCUGAACUUAAAUCCAAGGCUCAGCUACUGAAUGAAGCCAAUGAAGUUGUGAAGAAACAAGAAAUUGAGCUUCGAGGACUAAAGAAAGUUAUCCAAGAUAAAGAAGAAGAGCUACAAGCUUCUUUGAGACUGGGAAAACUUGAAGAGGAGAAGGUAAAAGUUGCAGAGUCCAACUUGGAGAAACGGACAAUGGAGUGGUUAUUAGCUCAGGAAGAACUGAAGAAACUUGCGGAGGAAGCAUCUAAACAUGCAGAAGAAGCCAAUGAAACUUCAGAGGAUUUUAGAAGAGUGAAGAGACUUCUUUCUGAUGUGCGUUCUGAGUUGGUUUCCUCUCAGAAAUCUUUGGCAUCCUCUAGACAGAAAAUGGAAGAACAAGACCAGCUGUUAGAAAAGCAGAUGGCAGAACUUGAAGAACAGAAGAGAAGUGUGAUUACUUACAUGACAAGUUUGAAGGAAGCCCAAAUAGAAAUAGAGAGUGAAAGAGUAAAGCUUCGGGUUGCAGAUGCUCGAAACAAAGAGCUUGAACGAGACUUGUCUGUCGAGAGGGAGCUAGUGGAGGAGUUACAGGAGGAGUUGAAGAAAGAGAGAUAUUCUCUGCAGCAGGCAAUGCAGGAGAUGUCUUCUCUGCAGGAGGAUCUUGACAAGCAAAAUAAUGAAUUUGAAAAUAUGCAUAAGCUUCUUCAGGUUAAAGAGUCAGAACUUGUGGAGGCUAAGCUUGAAAUCCAGCAUUUAAAGUCUGAGCAGGCUGCACUUGAGCUUAUCUUAGAUGAAAAAGAUUUGGAACUUGAAAAUGCAAGGAGUAAUCUUGAGGAGGUAAACAAGGAAAUUGCUGAGCUGAAGGUGCUUUUGAACAGUAAAGAGAACCAGCUUAUUCAAUCAACUAACAUGCUGAAAGAGAAAGAUGAAAAUGCUCAGAGGAUGGAAGAUGAACUGAAUAAUACGAGGCAAAGAGUUUUUGAAGCAGAAAAUGUGGUAGAACGAAUUGUUGAGCUGACAAACAAAUUGGUUAUAUCCAUCAAAGAUGAAGAUUAUAGCUCAUCCAGACCAGCUGAUGACAUGGACCAUGAGUUACUCCAGCAAUUAUUGGACAAACCAAGUGAUGAUUUUAGGAUGCAGAAGAAACAGCUCGAAACUGAGCUUGAGCUGACCAGAGACAGCUUAAGAAGAAAAGAAAUGGAUGUCCUAGCUGCUCAGAGGUCUCUUUCAAUCAAGGAUGAGGAACUUAAGUUGGUUCUUGGGAGAUUAGAUGCAAAGGAGAAAGAACUCAAAAAGAUGAAAGAGGAAAUUUCAGAUGCUAACGAUCUGAAAAAGCUUUAUGCUUUGGCACAAGAGAUGGUUGGUGACAAAAGUGUUGGCGACCUGGCAAUUGAGAAGCUCCAACUUGAGACAGCUCAACUAGAAGUUGAAGCUGCAACAAGUGCACUCUAUAAGCUUGCUGAAAUAAGCCGAGAACUUUUGAAUAAAGCUACUCUGAGUAUUGGGGCUAAUAUGGAUACUAAGCUCUUGCCCAAAGAUGGCCCUGAUUUUAUUACUAGUAUGAUGGAGAACAAUGAAUGUUUCAGUUUGGUUAAAACAGAAGUUGGCCGACUUUCGACAUUGUCUGAGCAACUUGUGAAAGAAGCCGGUGUUUGCUUCAGUGCAGACUAGUAGAGGUAGCUGUAAAACUAGUGGCUGGAUUCUGUAUAUAGAAAUCUUGUUGGUUGUUACUAUCAUUAGCAAAAGUUAUUGCAAUAAUUUCUCCACUUGUAGUAUUCAUCAAUCAACAUAAUGGCAUCAGAUGUGGCGAGGCGGGUUUCAUUGUAAGUUUGUAACAUGAUCAUGUAUAAGUACUUUUAGUACGUUUUUACUUCAAAAAGAUUUUAAUACGAAAUACAGAGAGCAAUGAGAACUUA